AUCAUUUCACUUGCCAGCCAACAGGCGAAAAAACGCAUUGAACACGGCAAGUAGCAGCUUCACAGUCAUCGUAGUCGUCUAGUGGCAGUGGCAAUUGCAGUUUCCGAUUUUUUUUUUUUUUUGGAAUAUUUUCAGUGUUCGCGAAUUUGUUGUUAAAAAACAAGUUUUAAAGUAAUUUUUUUUUUUUGUAUUUUACUGUUCGAUUUUUUUUUGUUGUAAAACUUGUUGAGAAUGUUUCAAUUUGGAGAGGUUGGAAAAAAUACAACAACAAAAAGUGAAAUGAUGCUUGCAAGCAAUGGCAGAGGCAUGUCAUUACCUGGACUCACUUGGUUGGUGCUGCUGGCGGCGAUUUUGAUGUUCUUUUUACCCAUAGACAAGGUGGCAGCGUCACCGACAGCAUCAACACGUAGCUUCAUGGAGGCUUGCCAGGUGAAGCACAACAUAACCAUGGAAGAACUCGACGAAUUCCCCGACGAGCCCGACGCCGACGAGGUGGAGAUGAAAUUCAAAUGUUAUGCCCACUGUCUGCUGUUCGGCAUGGGAUUAUUGGAUGAAAAUGGCAAAUUGAAUGUGGAGUAUAUGCAUGACGUGGGCAUACUAACUGAUCCAAGCUAUGAAAGUAUGUUAGAAUGUAAGGCUGCUAAUGAUAUGGAGGAUGAUCCAUGCGAAUAUAGUUUUGGUAUGAUGUUGUGCGCUCGUAUGCUCGGCACGGAGGAGGGUGGCAGCGAGGAAAAUAUUGAAGAUAUAGAGGAGGAGGUGGAGGCGAAGGAGGAGGAGGAGCGUAGGAAGUAAGUCAACAGCGGAAUUCAGUAGAGACUUACCUGGCCUGAAAAACCGCGGUUCGGAUACUUUAUUAUUUAUUAAUGUUAUUUCUCAAUACUUCUUUGUACAUAUGCAUAUAUAUUAUAUUUAACUACUGCUCCAAUUAAAUUUGUAAUAUAAUUAUGAUGUGUAAGCCCCAAAAAAUUAGAUAUGAGUGCUUAA